AUGUGUGAGAUAUUCCCAGAGGUGGAAAGUUGUUGUAUGGUAAUCUCGCUGCGAGUUGGGAUGUUGUUAAUUUCUGUGCUAUGUAUUAUGACAGGCGUUAUAACACUCACUGUGAUGGAGCAGUCUUCAAAUAUAAACGUUAACAAGGUACAAAACGUUUCUCACAUACAAAAACCAGAGCAUGCAGUGUCUCAAAUCGGUCUGAUCAUUCCCAGCGGCAUCUCGACAAUGGCCACUGUAUUCAUUAUAACUGGCCUCAUAUUGUUAUUUGCUACAUUAAUGGACGAUGAAGGCCUGGUGCAAGUGUUUGUAUGGUUGACGUUCCUUGCCGUGGUGUUGGGCUUCAUCAUGGUCUUCCUGAUCGCUUGCGAGUGUCUGCUGAAGCCGGUGUGCUUCCUGGCCGGGAUGGACUGGCUCUCUGGCUCCAUUCUACUCGUCCUGAUUGUGGCAUACUUGUUCAUAUGGAUAUACUUCAUCUGCGUCGCUAACAGCUACGUUAUCAGUGCGUCGGGUUGA